GCUUGAGUGUUCCGGGGUGGGGGACCUGGAAGUUUUAGCCUAGCUCUGCUGGAGGCGGAAUAAUUAGUCCAAGAAACAUUUUAUUCAUGCUUAGGUGGAGAAAAGCAGGGCUAGAAUUGGAACCCAAAGCCCAGAAUGGCAAGAGAGGAUGUGGGGGCUCCACCCGAUCAUCUCUGGGUUCACCAAGAAGGAAUCUACCGCGACGAGUAUCAGCGCACAUGGGUAGCUGUGGUAGAAGAGGAGACAAGUUUCCUAAAGGCUCGAGUCCAGCAAAUUCAGGUUCCUUUAGGUGACGCAACUAAGCCAAGUCAUCUUCUUACCUCCCAGCUACCUCUCAUGUGGCAACUCUACCCAGAGGAGCGCUACAUGGAUAACAACUCUCGCUUGUGGCAGAUUCAGCAUCAUUUAAUGGUCAGGGGAGUACAGGAACUACUCCUUAAGCUUUUGCCUGAUGAUUAACCUGGUGCUGGAUUUCUAGGAAGAUACGCUCCUCUGUUCUAUUCAUUACAUGGCAAUCAGUUUAUUCACCACUGUGGUGCUCCCACCCUUAGGUCUUGU